ACUUUGCCCUGAACAUCCAAAUGCAAAUACACGUGUAGUUACAGCCUCUAAUCCUCCUAGAGUGCGAAAUACACCAACUGCACACUCAACUCCGGCAUCUCCUCCUAUAGCGUUUUAUCCUCCUCCCCCUCCUACUGCUAACAUAGAACUAACUAAUUUAGUAAGAAAUCUUUCUCUAAACAACGAGCAAGCAGUAAGAGGAGUAGGUCAAACCCUCGAUCAAUUAAUAGAACAAAGUGGAGGACAAAAUGAAUACGAAGCUAGAGUAGAAAUAGAUCCUAACACUAAUUUAAUCAGGAACUAUUCUAUAGUAG